AUGAGUGCCAAAGUGGACAAAAAACACUGGUGGCAAUGGCGAUACGGCCGGAAGUACGAACUGCGCUCUGAGCAACGACGUAUCUUCGUCAACCUUCCGCUUCCGGAAGACAUGGUUGAUCCCGAUACUCAGCUUCCGAGGACAAAAUACCCUAGAAACAAGAUUCGGACCACCAAGUACACGCCGCUGUCGUUCCUUCCGAAGAACAUCUUUUUCCAGUUUACCAACAUCGCCAACUCCUACUUCCUGUUUAUUAUCAUUUUGGGAGCUUUCCAGAUAUUUGGAGUGCAAAAUCCCGGGAUGCAGGCUGUGCCGCUCAUUGUGAUUGUCGUUCUGACGGCCAUCAAGGACGCGUUUGAGGACUACAGAAGAGGUGCGUCCGACAUGGAGCUCAACAACUCGCGGAUCCAUUUGCUAAUGGGGAUGCACAACCCGAACGUUGCUGUGGACCAUGUUGGGCCUUGGCGACGGUUCAAAAAAGCGUGCACAAGAGCAACCAACUCCAUUUUUUACCUGAUAUCGGGCCAGUCCAAGAAGCGUGCACGGAUGAAUGCCCUCUUGACGAGCGAUCUAGAACGCGUGGUCACCGUCGGCUCGUCGGUGCCAAAUACCCCCAGACAGUCAAUAUCCACUUCCAGGUCGAGGCGGGCCAAACUAUCCCCGUUUCAUCCCAAUACCGUGUCGAACCCCAACAUCACUCCAACCAUGACGCACAGGUUCCAAAACAAUUUCUGGAAAAACAUCUCUGUCGGCGAUAUCAUUAGAGUGAGAAACAACGAAGAAGUGCCUGCGGACGGCAUUUUGCUAUCUACAAGUGAUGAGUUUGGAGAGUGCUACAUCGAAACAAAGAACUUGGACGGAGAAACCAACCUCAAGACUAAACACUCUCUGCUCUGCGGUGUCGGCCUAAAACACGCUGCCGAUUUCGAAAGAGUGCAGAUGGUGGUCGAAACAGAGCCUCCCAACACUAACUUGUACAAAUUCAGGGGAGUGGUCAAAUACACGGCGUACGAGUCGGAAACGGAUACCCAUGGACACCAGGCCCAGGAGCCAGUGACUUACGAUAACGUUCUUUUACGAGGAUCUACCCUGAGAAAUACAAAAUGGGCUCUGUGCUGCGUGGUUGCCACCGGAAAUGACACCAAAAUUAUGCUCAACUCGGGCAUCACGCCCACCAAGAAGUCCAAAAUGUCCAGCCAGUUGAACCUGUCUGUGAUCAUCAACUUCAUUGUGCUAUUUGUCCUGUGUUUUGUUUCUGGUUUGAUCAAUGGACUGUUUUACGACAAAAGAAAUACUUCGUUUGAUUAUUUUGAGUACAAGCCGAUGGCCGGCUGGAGCUCUGCAGCCAACGGCGUGGUCGCCUUUUUUGUCGCCAUCAUCUUAUACCAGACGCUGGUUCCUAUUUCCCUCUACAUUUCCAUCGAGAUCAUCAAGACCGUACAGGCUUACUUCAUCUACGCAGACGUCAGAAUGUACUAUCCGCGCCUGGACUUUCCCUGCACCCCGAAAUCGUGGAACAUAUCCGACGAUCUCGGCCAGAUAGAGUACAUUUUCAGUGACAAGACCGGUACUCUGACCCAGAACGUGAUGGAGUUCAAAAAAUGCACCAUCGGGGGCAAGUCGUACGGUCUGGCGUACACGGAAGCCCAGCAGGGGAUGGACAAGCGUGCGGGUGUGAAUGUAGUGGAGGAAAUUGAGAAGAUGCGCAAGAUUAUCACCCAGGAUCGAAAAGACAUGAUUACGCAGCUGGAAAAAAUUGGUAACGACCAGUUCGACGCCGAAAGACUCACUUUCGUCUCUAGCGAGUUUCUCAAGGACGUCGGUCCGUUUGCCGACAAGUCGCGCAAGAGAGCAAACGAGAAUUUCAUGCUUGUUCUCGCGUUGUGUCAUACGGUGAUCACCGAAAAGGGUGAGGACGGGUACCUGGAGUUCAAGGCUGAGUCUCCUGACGAGGCUGCGUUGGUGGCUGUUGCCAGAGACUUGGGCAUUGUUUUCCGGGACCGUACCAGGAAGGGUCCUAUUGUGACGAUGUACAAUUCGAACCAGCCGUUGGAAUACGAGCUUUUAGAGGUCAUUCCGUUCAAUUCCACCAGAAAAAGAAUGUCGGUGGUUUUGCGCACUCCAGAAGGCCGUAUCAUGCUUUAUUCCAAGGGUGCUGAUAACGUCAUCUAUGAGAGACUGGAUCCAAAGGCCGAUCAGGAAAUGCUCAGCAAAACAGCCAUACAUUUGAGCGAGUAUGCACAAGAAGGUCUAAGAACGCUGUGUAUUGCGGAAAAAGAGAUCAGCGAAAAGGACUUCAACGAAUGGCAUUCAAAAUACAAAGAGGCCAGUGUGUCGAUCGAAGCUGAUAGAGAAGAGCGGAUGGAGGCCCUUGCGGACGAGCUCGAGAAGGGGCUCACUCUGCUGGGAGGAACGGCCAUCGAAGACCGUUUGCAAGACGGUGUGCCGGACUCGAUCUCGACACUCUCGAAGGCAGGAAUCAAGCUGUGGGUGCUCACUGGUGACAAGGUGGAGACGGCAAUUAAUAUCGGAUUCUCGUGCAACUUGCUGGACAACGACAUGGAGCUGCUGGUCAUCAAGGCCAGCGAGGGAGGAUCCGAGAAGGAAGGAGCAUCGGCGUUGGUGCCACGUUAUUUGUCGGAGAAAUUUGGCAUGGAGGGCACGAAGAAAGAUCUUGCGCUUGCCAGAAAAGACCAUUCUCCUCCUAGUGGCGACUACGCGAUCAUAGUUGACGGUGCCUCGUUGGAGGAAAUUCUGGAAGAUCCCGAUUUAAAGCUAAAGUUUCUUCUUCUCUGCAAACAAUGCCGUUCUGUUCUCUGUUGCAGAGUGUCUCCUGCUCAGAAAGCGCAGGUUGUCCUGAUGGUCAAGAAUACGCUGAAAGUGAUGGCUCUGGCGAUUGGUGACGGGGCCAACGACGUGGCCAUGAUCCAGGCCGCGAACGUUGGAGUCGGCAUCGCCGGAGAGGAGGGUCGUCAGGCCGUCAUGUCCAGCGACUACGCCAUUGGCCAGUUCCGGUUCCUCGUCAGACUACUGAUUGUGCACGGACGCUGGUCUUACAAGAGACUCGGAGAAAUGAUCACAUGCUUUUUCUAUAAGAACGUCAACUUCGUGAUGGCUCUCUUCUGGUACGGCAUCUUCAACAACUUCGAUGGCUCGUACCUGUACGAGUACACGUAUCUGAUGUUUUUCAACCUGGCAUUCACGUCUCUUCCCGUCAUUUUCCUGGGAAUUUUGGACCAGGACGUUCCUGCGCAUGUGUCGCUGCUGAAUCCGGAAUUGUAUCGUACGGGGAUCCUUGGAACAGAGUGGUCGCCGUUCCGGUUCCUGUAUUACAUGGCGGACGGUCUUUUCCAGUCGUUUAUCGCCUUCUUCUUCCCUUGGUUUCUGUUCCGCUCCGCCGCUUUCGUCAACCAGGAAGGACUGAACGUUGACCAUCGAUUCUGGGUGGGUGUUUUCUGCGCGCACAUUUCUGUGGCCGCGUGCGACCUGUACGUGCUGCUUAUGCAAAAACGAUGGGAUUGGCUGUCUGUGCUGAUCGUGGGCCUUUCGAUUCUGUUCAUCUUUUUCUGGACAGGAAUCUGGACCUCGUCGCUUGCCUCGCAGGAGUUCUACAAAGCUGCCUCCAAUUGCUAUGGCACGGUGGCCUUCUGGUGCACGUUCUUUGUCGGCGUCCUGUUGUCAGUGCUGCCGCGUCUCACCUACGAGAUAUUCAAUAGACUCUACAGACCAAAGGACAUAGACAUCAUCAGAGAACGCGUGGCCAUGGGCGCCUACAAAAGCUACUCGGAAGACUACGACCCAACAGACGUCACGACGAACAAGCCGUCGUCGGAAUCGGCCUCUGGCACGUCUCAGUCCGACGACAUACUCACCGACGAAAAGAAGGAGAUCGAGGCAGACGAGUCGUUGGCCACGCGGCCAAGAAGAAACACGAUCAAAAAGAUGAUCGGUAAGCUCACGCCGGGCUACAAGUCGCCGCUCGAAACUCUUAGACAGAGCAUGGUCGUGUCGGGCCAGGCGUCGCACAGAUCGUCGUCACAGAUGAUCCGCACCAGCCACGAGCUUGCGGGUAUCACGUCCCCAGAGACUCUCAUGAGACUGCACACGAGAAACAGUCAGCUCUCCAGAUAA